GUUGAGACUUAGACAAUUUAACCCCUGUCUUGAUUUCCUUUUACGACUGGGUUAAGGUUGCUGCAUAACAUCCCUGCAGUCACACACAUGGCGACUAUCACGCACACCCUGCCCACUACGGCAGUUGAACUCCCCACCCUGGGCCAGACCUCCAAUGAAGAACGACAGCGUAAUCCAAUUACUUCUUCAGCACCGGGGUCCAUCGUCGCCGACGAUGUGAUGCAGCAAUCGCUCAUUGCAGAUUCCCAAGUACCCGAUGGAGGUUAUGGCUGGGUUCUCAUUUUUGCAUGUGCCGUCGUAACCUGGUGGUUUGUCGGGGCAUCUUAUACUUGGGGUGUCAUGCAGGCUGAACUCGUUGAUCGGAAGGGUUAUUCAUCAUCGACUCUGGCGUUCGUCGGGUCAUUGUGUCCGGCGUGUAUUUCGUUGCUUGCGGUGCCGAACGCGACCGUUAUCCGGAAGAUUGGGGCGCGGAUUACCGCGUUAUUGGGUAUUUUCUUGCUCGGACUGGGAAGUAUUCUCAGUGGGUUUGCGACCGAUAGCAUUGUGGGAUUGUUCAUGACGUGGGGCUUUGUUGGUGGACUUGGUACUAGUCUGUGUUUCAUGGUUGUCUCCGUGACACCGGCGCAAUACUUCAAAGCCAAGCGCGGCAUCGCGAACGGCAUCGUUUACGCCGGAGGAGGCCUCGGAGGCACGGUGAUCAGCUUCAUCCUGGACGCCCUCCUCCAGAGCGUCGGCAUAGCCUGGACCUUCCGCAUCCUCGGCUUCCUGAUCAUGGCCACCGGCCUUCCAGCCGCCUACCUGAUCAAAGAGCGCGCCCCUAUCAAACCCACUAAAAUGGUUGAAUGGAGCCUCUUCAAAGAUGUCCGCUUCUCCGUCCUCUUCGCCGUCGGCGCCAUCGGCACAUUCCCCCUCUUCGUACCAGCGUUCUUCCUCCCUCUGUACACCAACAGUCUCGGUCUACCGUCCAGUGCCGGGGCGGGUCUAGUCGCAGCAUUCAACUUCUCCUCUGCUAUUGGGCGUCUGUCGUGUGGGUUUGCGUGUGAUAAGCUCGGCUCUUUGAAUACGCUAUUCUUGUCGUUGUUGCUGAGUGCGCUGAGUAUCUUUGUACUUUGGCCCGUGUCUAAUUCGAUUGGGCCGUUGAUUGCGUUUGUGAUAAUCAACGGGUCUGCGAAUGGUGGAUUCUUUUCGACGAUGCCGACUGUUGUGGGCAAUGUGUUUGGUUCGGCAAGAGUGUCAGUUGCGGUGGGCAUGAUUGUGAGUGGGUGGCUUGGCGGAUAUCUCUUGGGUGCACCGAUUGCGGGUUAUAUCCUCAAUGCGUCUGGUGGACAAGAAGGUGGUGUUGGUGCAUAUAGACCCGCUAUUUUCUACGCUGGCUCGAUGGCAACGGCCGCUACGGUCUUGGCAGCUGUGGUUCGAAUUAAAGUAGACCGCAGGCUCAAGAAGACGGUUUAAGCCAAUUCGGAGUAGAACGGUAGUGAUGCGGCUAGUUAUGCUAGACAAGAUACUGUAAAUAAAAUGAUGCAGCGGGUAAGCCCACAUUUGGCGCUGCGGCGCUGACAAUGUUGUCAAAUUUUUGUUUCCAUAAUGGUACUUUAGUUUCUUCUCUUCUUGGCUGGUCUAUGCGGGAACAGCUUGCUCGGGCUGCGGCUGCUCGGUGGCUCCGCUGUCGACGGUGGCAUUAGUUUCCACUGCCCCAUCUGCAACGAUAUCAGGCUGAGGCUCAGCCUGCGCGGCCCGGGCUUCCUCUUGCCGCUGCUGUUCCUGUAGCCGCUGCUGUCCCUCUUGACGAAGACGCUCAGCUUCUGCCUCGGCCGCGUUCCGUGCCUCUACCUGCCGUUCACCAAUGCCCGGAAUAAGACUUGCGAGCAGUAACACGAUAGCUCGUUCAAUACGGCGAACACUGCUCCAUAAUUCACCACGAAUCGUGUUAUCAGCAUUACCACCGGCCUGAGCAGUUGAGGCAUUUUGGUCUCCAGCAGCCGGUGUGGUUCGAUCUGCUGGGCCGCCUAUGUUGGCGAGACCUUCGAGAUGGCGCUGGAUGGGCUCAACCAGCAUUCCUUGCAGCCGGCGAGGGAUUUCAGUAUCUGAUAGCAGAGCGAUCAGUACUGCACCGGUGACGAGGAACACACGCGCCCAGGUGCCAGAACUGCUGAUCAUGUAGAUACAAAAGUACAGUCGAAUGAAGAGCCAGAUUCGGCGCAGAUAUUGCCCCGCAGGAACGUUCUCGACUUCACGACGUCGCUGCUGAUUGAUGACUGCCUGGCGGACAAUAUCUUGCAUAGCUGCCGGGUUUUGACCUGCUGGGGCAGGGUGAUGGACAUUGUGAUGCUCAAUGGGGACUGUAGGGGUACUUCCAGGCUGUGGGAUGGGGGUAGACAGUGGAAACACAUUCGCGCUGUUUAUGGGCAUAAUCAAGCUCUGACGACCAUCUGGUCCGGUGGCCAGGAAGACCUGUAGCGGUGAUUGGAAAGAGUCCGCGGGCGUUGCUGAAUGUGCGUCGCGAUUGGAGGGCAGACUAUCAACACGCUGAUAAAGGGCAAUGAUACGCUGCAGCAAUGCUUGGAUAGAGGUAUGAGGAGUAUACCCCUGCAAGUGUCCAUGGCGCUGUAGUAAUUGCUCGGUUCGCGAUCGUAGUUGGUACAAGGUCUCGUGUGAAGGAACGAAGCUGUGAUCCAGGCUAUGCUCUACGCUUCCAACUUGCCUGCGCAAGUCUUCGUACUCGCCAAAAUCGGUUGGGUUGGGCAUGUUCAUGUUCAAUGAUGAGAAUGGGGCCGUGGCGGAUGUGGCCCUAUUCAAGAUGUUCGAAACUUGCUCCAAGUGUCGCUCGUGUAUAGUGGUCGGCGUUGGUAGACCGCGGAAUCGUAGGCCAUCCCCCGCACCCUGAGGUAGGGCAGUACUAUUGGCCGCGAUGGAAUUCGAAAGUUGACUCAAUCUAUCCGUGUGGCUAAUAGCUCCGGAAAUAGAGGCACUAUUGUGAGCAGGCACCGGCGCUGAAGGGGGUGGCAAGACCAUGUGUAUCGAGUGCUCGG